UUCUUCUUCUUCCUUUUCUCCGUGAAUGUCGCACAUCUCUGGCCAGUUGUGCAGCUCUUUUUCAUACAUAGCCUUUUAUAUUAGAGCAGCCCCCCACAGGUACAAUACGGAGUGUGUAUGGACGAACGCGGGGUGGGGAAUAUGGUGGGAGGAGUGAUGCGGCGGCGGCCGCCGCCCGUCUUCCGUGAUUAUGUUUGAUUUCAUUUUGGCGGUAGACCGGACGCACUCCGACUAACUGACUCAAGGUCAGUUAGUCGCCGUCGAGACAUCACCGCCGACGCACGCACCAUCUUGCCCCUCUUCUUCUUCAUCCAUCCGAUCCGAUCCGAUCCGAUCCAGCAGCUGUGCAGCGCAAGAAAACAACACACCGGCGGGACUGCAGCAGCCGGACAUAUCAUCGGAACAUGUUGCCACUUUUGCGACCAGUAGCUCCUGCGUGUCCGCUCACCUCCGCUGGUUGUUAGGAGACGGCCGAAAAAAAUUCAGUGUGCGCCAUAUUGUCGUCUUCCAGGGUCCAGCAUAUCGUUCCAGUCAAAAGUGUUUGAAUCAACUGCUGUUCAUUGACAUUUCAAAAGAGAUUAUUCAAAAAAUAAUAGAAAUGGAGGACCAUCAGCAAAGUGGUUUGAUGUGGGUCCAUCCGGCGGCAGUGUUGACGGACACGGUGUUGUCCCUGUGUCUGGUGGCCCCGAUGGUCGUCGGCUAUUGGCGCGGGACCUGGUUCCUCCUGGACGCCUACCUCUACCCGGACGAUGCGGCCGCCAGCUGCUGGAUCUCGUUGCUGUUGGGAUUCGGCAGUCUGUUGCUGGCCACUUGGUUUCAGCGCCAAUUGCAGGAUUACGUCACUCGGCAGACACCUUGCAUCUAUUUCUUACUCUCAAGACUUUACACCGUCGUCCUCUGCUUCGGUUGCGUGAAUCACUGGCGUGGUGUUUGGGGAACGCUGGACGUCUACACGGGAAUCGGCUGGACAACGGCCCUCAUGUCGAUCGUCAUCGGCAUCACUGGACUCAUUUGGCUCCGUGCCUUCCGCAAUAUUAUGGCACCGCCGCUGGUCAUCAUCGUCGAUGAUCCCGAAGGAUAUUUCACUUUCCCCACCAUGUUCCGCACAAUCGAAUCAAAACGACCGCACUUAAUAGCCCUGGACGGCCUGUUCAGCGUGACGAUUGUGGGCUCGUUGGUCGUCCUGGUCUGGCGAGGUUCUUUCCUUUACCUGGACCUGGUCAUGUUUCCAGAAGAUGCGGAAUGGUCCGCUUGGGGCUCAACGGUUUUGGGUUAUUCAACGUCGUUGCUGGCCUUUGCUCUGCAAGCCCCGCUGGCGGCCGUUUGUUCCCGCGCCACCGGUUUUUGGCGCAUCGUCGUCAUGGACGCCUUCACGGCCAUCGCCUACGUCGGCUCCGUCAACGUCUGGCGAGGACUGUGGAACCUCUACGACAUCUACUUAUUCCCAGAUCACAAAGUCUGGAGCAAUUUGCUGACCCACGCCGCCGGCCUUAUCGUCCUGAUCCUCUGCUACUGCGCCCAUUCGAUCCUCGUCCGCGGCGUCUACCUGGACGCCGAGGAACCCGGAGCCAACGCCGCCGUACUGCCUUACCACUACGUUCGAUAUUUUAUUCUGAAGAGACGGAGAGUUUUGGCGGGAUUGGCCGAGGAAGCGGAAGCGGGCGAAGAGCGGGAGGAAGAGCGGAAGCAUCAGCAUCAGCGGGACGGACGCGUCGUUGAAAACGGCUGGCUUCCCGAUGAGGUCGUGACGAUGAUCGACGAUUCUCCGGAUGAGGACGAUCACCGGUGGAAAGCUUCCAAUAACGACAAAGAAUCGGCUAUUUAAAAAACAAAAUCUGAACUUUUUUAUUUUUGUUUUAAAAUAAAAUAAAAACAUAGCAUUCAAUCAAGUUGUAAUAUUUUCGAUGAAAUCAAGAAGAAGAAGAAACUAAAACCAACCAAAAUAAAGUCGGUUUUGGACUUGUGGUUGAACCCGAGAUCGCACCGCGUGUCUUAUAUUUCUUUCGUUCGUGUUGUUGUUGUUCUCCCAACGUUUCGCCCGCACACUUUUCUUUUUAUUUGUUGUGGAAAAUUAUUUUUAAAAAAAGAAUUGUAAUUUUUUUGUUCUCUCCCCACCAUCCCAUCCCUCCCCCCUUGGAUUGUAAUCGUUGUAAUACAAAAUCAACUUUGAGAGA